AUGAUCAAAGGUGUCAUCAUUGUAAACAAUCACGGCAAACCAAGACUGGCCAAAUUCUAUCAGUCUGUGGAAAGUGAAGCCCUGCAGCAGUCUGUGGUACGGCGAGUCUUUACACAGGUGGCCCAACGUCCUGACAGUUUUUGCAACUAUUUGGAGGGAAUCAUUCCGGAAUGGGGGGAACACAUCAAGCUGAUAUAUAGACACUACGCGACUCUGUAUUUUGUCUUUGCUGUGGAUUCGCAGGAAUCUGAUUUGGGGAUUCUGGAUCUAAUUCAAGUGUUUGUGGAGGCCUUGGACAAAACGUUUGAGAAUGUGUGCGAAUUGGAUCUCAUUUUUCACUCGGAUCGUGUGCACUACUUGUUGGAUGAAAUUGUCAUGGGAGGGAUGGUGUUGGAAACGAACAUCAGUAACAUUUUGGAGGCAAGCAGGGAUCAAGGGAAGCUGCACGCUGAUAGUUUGAUCUCGACGGAUGCUGCGAAUGGAGCGAGUGCCUCACAAAUACGAGGACAGCUGGAAACUGGGAACGGAGGUGGAUGGCAGCAAACAUAUAGCGAUAAGUGGUAG